UGCAGGACUAAUUAUCCUCUCUCCACCCAAUUCGUUUUUGGUGGCUGUUGUCUUAACUAAUAAAUUUGUUUCUUUUUUUUGACGAAUUAGGAUGAUAAUUAUAGUGAUAUCCUGGGUCACCGUAGAAGAUCUUUUCCUUUGAAAGCUAAUAUUUAAAGCAGUUUUCUGCAGAAGCAGAGUUCCCUGGUUGCAUCAUCACUCCACCCCACUCUCUCUUUCAUUUAAGUAAAGGGGAAACAACCAGCAAUUGUUCAUGCAAAGACGCUGUGUGGAGCUUGAUAAUACGCCUGCAGGAAGGACAGACAAGAAAGGACUAAAAAUGGCUAACAACAGUGUGGCGCAGAUUACCAACUCGACGCAGACAGACUUAUCAGGCAUUGAAAUCUUCAAUAUUUUCAUAUACUUUGUCGUUUUUGCUGUGGGUAUUGUUGGAAAUGGGCUCGUCAUAUAUGUGACCGGCUACAAAAUGAAGACGACCGUCAACUCCAUCUGGUUUCUCAACCUGGCGAUCGCAGACUUCAUCUUCAUCUUAAUCAUCAUCUUCUACAUUGUUCGUGCCAUUAAGAAGGUUUGGCUCUUUGGUGACUUCAUGUGCAAGUUUGUCUCCUUCGUGGCGGUGCUAAACAUGUUUGCCAGCAUCUUUUUGCUCACGGCUAUCAGUCUGGACCGAUGCCUGUCCACCUGGGUGAUAGUUUGGGCUCAAAACAAACGAACUCUGGUCAAAGCCAGGAUCAUCUGUUCACUCACGUGGGUUUUAUCCAUGGGUUGCAGCAUCCCGUUUGUUUUGUACCGCUCGGUAGUGAAAAAUCAAUGCUCCAUUAAAUCCAACAACAACGUCUUACAGUCUCUGAUCAUUUACAGGUUUUUAGUGGGCUUUCUCAUCCCCUUCCUGAUCAUCGCAUCUUCGUACAUUGCUAUCGGAGUGCGAGCCAAACGUCUCAAAAGAGGAAAGAAGCUCAAGCCUUUCCGGGUUAUCAUAUCUGUGAUCCUGGCCUUUUUCAUAUGCUGGUUUCCUUUUCACUUUCAACAGCUGUCUCAUAUAGUUGCGCGUAUAAAUGGGUGGACCAACGCUGCAAGCGAGUUCAAAAAAAUUGGACCGUUCGUUAACUGCGUGGCUCAUCUAAACAGCUGUCUGAACCCCAUUCUCUAUGUGUUCAUGUGCGAGGAGUUUAAGAAGAAGCUCAAACAGUCUCUGCUGCUGGUGCUGGAGACGGCUUUCGCUGAGGAACACCUGCCUUUCCGAACAUCUCGUCCUUCCACAUGUUCGCGUCUCUCAGAAUCGCAAAAUUUCAAGCAGAAUAACGAAACAAUCGUCUCGUCAGGCGGCUGCAGCCAGGACAACAAUACAUGCUGUUAGAAAAUCAGCCUCAGAGAUAUUCGUUCCUUAAGUUAGAUUGAAACGAUCAGAUAAAUCACUCAACAUCAUUGCCUUGAUGCCUGCCUGAGGUUCAGUGCCAAUUUGUGUUAAAGAUUUUUAAACGCCAUCAAACUAAAAACAGCCACUUUUCAUUGUUGACUUUCACGCGCCCCUAUUUUUCAUUGGCUGGACAAAAUGAUAACCCCGCCUCAAACUCACACCAUUGGUUGAAUAAAUUGUUGCUGCUUAGUUGUAUUGAAAGCAAUUUGCAUUGUUUAUGCUUUUUGUGGAAAACAUACAAAUGAUUUGUCUUUGUUUAUCAAAGUGUAUUUUGUAGAAAACUUUUAUUAUUUUCAAUACUUUAUGUUGA